GUUGUCAUAAGGCUGCGUCACACUCCUGCAUCUGUGUUUGUGCUGAAGAAAGAAAAACUCCUGGUGAAGUGACUGAGAUCCACGUGACACACUGUUAUAAAGAUGGCGUUUAUUAAAGUGGAGAGUGAAGACAUGAAAAUUGAAGAAGCUUUCAGAGUAGGACAUGAAGAUACUGAGAAACAACAAACAGAGAUGGCGUUUAUUAAAGAGGAGAGUGAAGACGUGAAGAUUGAAGCUUUCAGAGUUGAACAUGAAGAUACUGAGGAACAACAAACAAAGAUGUCGUUUAUUAAGGAUGAGAGUGAAGAUAUGAGGAUUGAAGAAGCUGUCAGAGUCAAACACGAAGAUAACGAGGAACAAAUAGAGAUGGCGUGUAUUAAAGAGGAGAGUGAAGACGUGAGGAUUGAAGAAUCAAUCAGUCUCAAACAUGAAGAUAAUGAGGAACAAACAGACCUGAUGGCGUUGAAAGAGGAGAGUCAAGAACUGAAUGUAAUGGAAGAGUCAAAGCAGUAUGACAAACAUUGUGAUUUUAUGACUGAGGAAAAAUCUUUUACGACUCCAAAAACAGAAACUAGAUACCUUGAAUUCCAGAUGAGAGUUCACACUGGAGAGAAGCCUUACACUUGCAAACUGUGUGGAAACAGUUUUACACUAAAAGUAAAUCUUAACCUUCACAUGAGAACUCAUGCUGGAGAGAAGCCAUUCAUGUGCGCUCAUUGUGGAAAAAGUUUUAAACAGAAAAAGUACCUUAAUGCCCACGUGACAAUUCACACUGGAGAGAAACCUUACACUUGCAAACAGUGUGGGAAAAGCUACAAAAGAAAUGAAAAUCUUAAAAUUCACAUGAGAAUUCACACUGGAGAAAAGCCUUACACCUGCAAACUGUGUGGGAAGAGCUUUACACAAAAAGAAAAUCUUAGAAUUCACACAGGAAUUCACACCGGAGAGAAGCCAUUCACAUGCUCUCAGUGUGGAAGGAGUUUUAAACAGAAAAAGUACCUCAACGGCCACAUGAAAAUUCAUACUGGAGAGAAGCCGUUUGUUUGUAAUCAGUGUAAAAAGAGUUUCAGGUAUAAAGCGCACCUUGAUCUUCACAUGAGGAUUCACUCAGGAGAGAACUGUUUUAUGUGUCACCAGUGUGGGAAGAAUUUCUCACACAGAGGAAACUUUGAGAAUCACAUGCGAGUUCACACUGGAGAGAAACCGUUCACUUGCCAUAAUUGUGAAAAGAGUUUCACAAAUAAAGGAAACCUUAAGAUUCACAUGAGAGUUCACACUGGAGAGAAACCUUACAAGUGUCUUCAGUGUGACAUGAGUUUCACAUAUCACACAAACCUGAAACGGCACUUGCAAACUCAUUCUGGAAAGGAAAUCCAAACCUCAUGUCACACUCAGGAAAAUGGCAAUUUCAGUAAUCAUCUGCGCAUUGACUCUGAAGAAAGGACUUUUAUUUUGGUGUGGCGGCGUGAUGUCAUAAGGCUGCGUCACACUCCUGCAUCUGUGUUUCUGCUGAAGAAAGUUAUAAAGAUGCCGUUUAUUAAAGAGGAGAGUGAAGAUGUGAAGAUUGAAGAAACAUUCAGAGUCAAACAUGAAGAUACUGAAGAACAACAAACAGAGACGCCACUUAUUAAAGAGGAGGGUGAAGACGUGAGGACUGAAGAAUUAUUUCGUGUCAAAUACGAAAAUACAGAUGAACAAACUAAGAUGACGUUUAUUAAAGAGGAGAGUGAAGACAUGAAGAUUGAAGAAUCAUCCAGAGUCAAACAUGAAGAUGCUGAGGAACAAACAGACCUGAUGGCGCUGAAAGAGGAGAGUCAAGAACUGAAUGAAAUGGAAGAAAAAAAUCAUUAUGACAAAUGUCAUGAUUUCAUGACUGGUGAAAAUUGUUUUACUUACUUGCUGACUCAAAAAACAGAAAACCUUAAAGUCCAGAUGAGAGUUCACACGGGAGAAGAGCCUUACACUUGCAAAUUGUGUGGGAAGAGUUUCUCCCAAAAACUAAAUCUAAACAUUCACAUGAGAAUUCACACUGGAAAGAAGUCAUUCAUGUGCUCUCAGUGUGGAAAAAGUUUUAAACAGAAAAAGUACCUUAAUGCCCACGUGACAAUUCACACUGGAGAGAAACCUUACACCUGUAGAAUGUGUGGGAAAAGCUACAAAAGGAAUGAAAAUCUUAAAAUUCAUAUGAAUGUUCACACUGGAGAGAAGCCUUACACCUGCAAACUAUGUGGAAAGAGCUACAAAAGAAAAGAAAAUCUUCAAUUCCACAUGAGUGUUCACACUGGAGAGAAGCCAUACACCUCAAAUCUGUGUGGGAAGAGCUUUACACAAAAUGAAAAUCUUACAUUUCACAGAGGAAUUCACAUUGGAGAGAAGCCAUUCACAUGCUCUCAAUGUGGAAAGAGUUUUAAACAGAAAAGGUACCUCAACGGCCACAUGACAAUUCACACUGGAGAGAAGCCGUUUGUUUGUGAUCAGUGUGGAAAGAGUUUCAGGUGUAAAGGACACCGUGACCUCCACAUGAGGAGUCACUCAGGAGAGAACUGUUUUAUAUGUCAGCUGUGUGGGAAGAGUUUCUCACACAGAGGAAACUUUGAGAAUCACAUUCGAGUUCACACUGGAGAGAAACCUUUCACCUGCCAAGAGUGUGGAAAGAGCUUCACCAAUAAAGGAAACCUUAAGAUUCACAUGAGAGUUCACACUGGAGAGAAACCUUACAAGUGUCUUCAGUGUGACAUGAGUUUCGCAUAUCACACAGACGUGAAACGGCACUUGCAAACUCAUUCUUGAAAGAAAAUCCAAACCUCAUGUCACACUCAAGAAUUUCAACAAUCAACUGCACAUUCACUCUGAAGAAAGACAGUUCAGUUGUGACAAGUCUAAUCAAAACACUAACAUAUUCAUAUGAAAAAAUCAUGUGAAUGUGAGAACCUGACUGUGUUCUUUAAGUAAACCUUUAAAUAGAUUGAAGAUGUAGAGAUUAUUCUUACUGCCCUUCAGAAGCUACAGAAGAUACUUACAUAUUUCCCACAAGACAAAAUAAGUUAUAUCUACCCUGAUCUUUAAAUGUAAAAAGUUUCCCCCCCCCCCAGCUCUUAAUGCAUCAGUGAGCAUUUGAAUCUUCUGCAGUAGUUGCAUAUGAGUUCCUCAGUUGUCCUCAGUGUGAAAAAUGCUCAAAAAACACCCACAAAAUUAGUGGGACCUAAAGGAUUUUUUUGAAGAACAGCAGGCAGUUUAACUUUUCAGGACAAACAAGGGACUCAUGAACAACUAUCACAAAAAACAAACAAAAAAGCAAAAAAGCUGUGGAUCAUUGAGGUACCAGCACAGUAUUAAGAAUCAAGUGUAUGUAACCUUUUGAAUGGGGUCAUUUUUAAAAAUUCAGCUAUUCUAUUCUCUUGUGGGCUAUAUGUAAACGUCUUUUAUGUGAAAUAUCUUAUUCAGGUCAGUAGUAAAUAAACAAUCACAUGCAUUUUGUAUGACCCCUUAUUUUGGUAAAAUAAUUAACAUUUUGCAGGUUCUGCAAGGUGUUUGUAAACUUUUGACCUCAACUGUAGCCUUUGACAAAAAUGUACCAUUUUUUCCAGCUUUUUGUUUAAAAUGUUGCUUUUUUAUGAAACUCACCCACAUUCAAGUGUGAUUUCAAAAAAAGAAUGUAUAGUUCUACAAUACAAAGUUUAUUGUUGUUUAAAAGCAGAGGUCCAAUUCUUUCAUUUGAUAUGCUGUAUGUUCAGAUGUUGAGACAACAGAACAUUCUGGGGGCCAUGAAACUUUUGUGAAAAUGGUCGUAAAUGCCACCUCUGGCUGCUACAGAACAGUUAAAGGUGUAUUUAAAGUAUAAAAUACCUAAAAUGGAACAUAGUAGUAUUCUUUAAGAUCAUUUAAAGAAACUUUCAGCAUUUAAAUAACAGUCUGUGCAGAGUUUACCCAGCAUAAAAUGAGAAAUUAGACAUUGCAUAACUCCAGCACUGAAUGUAGCUCAAGUCCAUGAAUGGCAAUGCAGUGUAAACAAAUGCAAUUGUAAGAUUGCUGGCAAAAAUGCAAUUCUGAUAAUGGCAUGAAGUCCCAAAGCAAAAAACAUUGUCCACAUAAGGGGAAAAAAAAAAAGCAGUCAACAAACAAGGUACAAAACAAAACAAAAAACAUGAAAACAUGUUUUGCAGCAAAUCCAAACUCUUGUACCAAAUGCAGUACAUCUUCUGAAUAAGAUGUAGGAAAUGUGAAUAUUUUAGUUUAUGUUGAACUGAAUGUUGUGUAUUGUCAAUUGUAUUGUUGAUUGUAUGGCGAAGGCGUACAAUUUUUGCGUAAAAUUGGAAUAUCGCAAAAAAUAAGUAGCGUAUUUCUUCAGUAAAGGUUUCCAUUUGGUGUCUUAUUAUGAGAUAUUCCAAAAUGUGCAUAAAAAUAUGUGGAUGGAACAGAGCUGUUGAUGUUUGCAGUGCAAUAUUUGACAGGGAGGGUAAAAAAAGAGUUAUUUUCAUCAGCAUCCUGCCCACUUUGAAUCAGACAGAGCUAAAGUAGUGCAUUACAUUUAUUUGAAUUAAUUAUUAAUAGAGAGAGGGGAAAUGCAUCUGUGAAUCACCUGUCUGUUCAUUGUAAUUUUCUAUUAACAAUGUGAGUUUAAUUACUUAGCAACAAGGAUGUAACAUCACUUGUUAAGAAGACAAAUGCAGUGAUUUAGAGGUGAAGCAAUAUUAUUAAUAAAAG